AUGAAGAAGAGCAAGAAUGUGGAGGAAGAAUAUACGCCGGUGCGCAAUUCCAUGUCGGAGGACUCCAAGGAUGGGCUCCUCCACAAGGAGCGCAUCGAAGCCUACGAGCGGCCCCGGACCUUUUGGAGCCGGAACGGCCGCUUCAUCUUAAUCCAAGUUGCGCUCCUGGUGUUAUACACGGCCGCUGCAUUUCUCAUCAGUGCCAGAGCAUCAGGUCGAUGUCUUAGGGGACAGCCCCUGAGCCACUCCCCGGCUAGCGAUGCUGUCGUUUGGGAGGAGCGCCGCUUUGUUCUGGGCGACAGGAUCCAGGAGAAGGGCAUCUACUCGGGCAAGCCCCGCCCCGAGCUGGAUAAGGCCUGGCAUGAUCUGCUCAAUGCCGAAAACAUUCGCCUUGAGCCCGAGAUCAUGCAUCGUCUGGGCCGCGAGAACAUUGGCGUGCGAAUCCCCGGCGAAGACGGCUACAUCGGCACGCUUAACGUGUACCACGAGCUGCAUUGCUUGUACAUGUACCAAGACAUCUACUACCCCGGCAUCAGCGACUCCGACCGCGAAAUGAACAGGCUGCACAACGAGCACUGCAUCGACUUUCUCCGCCAGAGCGCCAUGUGCCACGGGGACGUGGGCCUGAUUACCUUUGAGUGGCAUCCCAAGCAGCGCAUCCCCGUCGCCAACGCCACCACCCAUCAGUGCGUCAAGUGGGACAUCUUGGACCGCUGGACCAAGGAACGCUCGGUGGAUAUGCUGAAGCCCAACUGGCUUGUUCAUCCUACUUUAGUUGUCAAAUUUGGAGAGGAUGGAUGA